UUUAUUUUGCCAUCAAUGUAUCCGUGAUCUAUUUUCGCGCAAUGUUAGGUAAAUGGCGGUUUCCAACCAUGUGUGUUGUUUUGGGUUGCCGUUGGACAUAAGAUGGCGUCCGUAGAUGUGUAUUGUGUUUGUGGCCAGCCGUACGACCCAAAUCUAUUUAUGAUACAGUGUGAUGUUUGUAAAGACUGGUUUCACGGAAAUUGCAUAGAUGUGAAAGAACACGAUGCCUGCGACAUCAUCAAGUACCACUGUCCUCAGUGCCAGUUGACCUUCGGGCCGUCAAUCUGGAAACAGAGGACUAACUGGCAUCGGCACGACUACUCAGAUCCUGAUGCGAGUGAUAAGCCUGUACAAACAGGUACCUACGUUUUCAUAAAGGAACUCAAGUCGAGGCAUUUUGAAAGUGCGGAGAGCAUAGUGACCCGGCUGAACGGGGACCAGUUCAACCUGCAGUACCUGCUGCACAGUGGGUUCACUAACCCAGUCUUGGUCACCAAGAAGGAUGGCCUUGGACUUGUUAUGCCACCAGAGGACCUCACUGUCAGUGAUGUCAUGGAUUUCAUUGGGCCGGAUUUUAUGUUGGACGUCAUCGACGUCCGGAAGCAGGAGGAUCUCAAGAUGACCAUGUCGGAGUGGGUUGACUACUUCAACAGUUACGAUCGCUCCAAGGUCUUCAACGUCAUCAGCCUCGAGUUCUCAGACACCAGGCUGUCCGACUUUGUGAAGCCACCAUCGCUAGUUCAGCGCAUCAGUUGGGUGGAGAACUGCUGGCCAUCGCAUGUCCCCAACAUUGGCGUGUUCCAGCGCCCUGCCGUCAUGAAGUACUGUCUCAUGAGUACCGAGAACAGCUUCACCGACUUCCAUAUUGACUUUGGUGGCUCCUCAGUGUGGUACCACGUUCUCCGAGGGGAGAAGAUAUUCUACUUGAUACGGCCUACCCAAACCAACUUGAGUCUCUACGAGCACUGGAUGGCCUCGGCCAAUCAGAGCGAGACCUUCUUCGGGGACCAGGCGGACGCCUGCUAUCGGCUCACCCUCACUGCUGGGCAGACGCUCUUCAUCCCGACUGGAUGGAUACACUCGGUGUACACCUCGGUGGACUCCAUGGUCUUCGGUGGAAACUUCCUGCACAGCUUCAACAUUGGCCUCCAGCUACAAGUGUACGAUCUAGAGAAGAGAAUCGACGCCCCGAAUAAGUACAAGUUCCCCUCGUUCGAGACGACCCACUGGUUUGCCGCAUCAUAUGUCAUCGAACAGCUGAGAAGUGCAAUAGCAUCUGAAUUCAAGCCCCCCAGCUUCCUGAUUGUUGGAGCAAAGGCCUUGAUGACUGCACUGAAAAACUGGACUCAAGAGCCCAACUGUAAAUUGGAGGCAAUUCCAAGUGGGAUCAAUGUUCCCAAGCUCCUUAAGGAUAUGGCCAAGGAAGUCAGAACAGCGGAGAAGAAGCUGAACGGCAAGGUCAAGGCUGAGAAAGAGACCAAGAAGGGCAAGCAGGGACCCGCAAAGGCUGCCAAGGCAGUGGUGGUUGCUGCUGCUGCUGCCGUGCAGGAAAAUGUGACGCCUGUCCAGGUCGGUGGGGCUUCCCAGCAGGGCAUCAACAUAAAGGUGAAGCUGCCUGUCAAGGCCAAAGGCAAAGCAAAGGGCAAAGGCACCGGUGGCCUCAAGGCCAAGGCCACGGCAGCCACAAAAAAGGCACAAAGUGUGAAGCAGGAGAAACCAGCCCCGGCACCGCCACCCGUGAAGCCGCUGCACAAGGAGUCGGUGUACGACUUCAACGAUUCGGACGAUGACGGCCUGGUGGUUGACGAGAACCCGCCGCCACAGCCACGCCGCUCCUACCAGCGAGCCGUGGCCGUUCCCGCAACACCAGCUCUGCCGCCCAUCUCCACGUUCAGCAACAACGCCUCCAUGGGCAACUUCGCGGCGGCGGCUGCAGCAGCCGCGGCUGGCACCACGUCACCUGUGAUGGAGUCCCAGGACAGCAAGCAAGGUUCUCUCAAGCUUCGGCUUUCAUUCAAUGGCAAGCCCAAGGUCGAGAAAGGACCUGCAGCAAACAACAAGGCUGCCAGCGCUCCUGUGGUUCCCAAGACAGCGGCCAGUGGAGAGGAUAAUGCUGACGUCCCGAAGAACGGAACCAUCGACGACUUGCUGCUGGCGUCCAGCAUUGCCCUUGACACUGACAGCACACGAGUCAGCCUUGAAGAAGAGUUGGGGGGUGGCCGAGCAUCGCCAUCGACGCGGGACGCAAUCCAGGGCAUGCUGUCCAUGUCGAAGAGCGCGUUCACCUUUGGGCCGUGUGACGGGGGUGGACCCAUGGGCCCCACAGCACAGGAGCUUCUCGAAGGAGGCCCGCUGAGCACGGGGUUGGCACUGGGGUUGGCCGGACCGCGCGGAAGGAUUGGCCCGACGCCCAUGCUCAAGCGGCCCACUCCCUUUGGUUCUGCCGCCUCACGGAUGCGGUCCGGCGAGGAAGAAGACCUCGAGGAGUCUCUCCUCAAGGAGUGCCACGCGGACGACGACUAUGUUUAUCCGGGCCUGGAAGCCUCGGACGACGAGCUUCGCGUGUUCAAGCCUCGGGGGCGAUCUAAGCGAGACGAGGCAUGGAAUCCUAAAGCCAAGCUUGCUCCAAACUGCCCAAAACCACCACGCCCCACACGAGAGGGAACGCAGAAAAAGUCUGUAAAACGCACCAUCGAGGACACGGCGUCCAAGCUAGCCAACAAGCCUCCUCCGAAGCGAUCCUACCACCGCAAGAAGGCGCAAGCGCCGCCUAAAGCCAAGGAAAAGGACAUGGAGGAGUUUGAAGCUGGCCCGUCCACAUCCUCUGCGGUCAGCAAAAAGCCCUCCCUGCCUCCAGAUGCCUUCAGGCUGAAAAAGCCAAAGAAAGGUUUCGCCACUGCAAAGCAGCGUCUGGGGAAGAUUCUCAAGAUCCACAAGAUGAUCUACUGAGAAAGAGACGCUCUGCAUGUGUGCUUGUGUGUGUGUGUGCAUAUUUUUUGUGCGUGUUUGUGUUCACCUACGGCAGCCAUGAGCAGCUUCGCGGUUUCAUUUCAUAACCGGCAGAUAGUUGUCUUCACGUGUACAUAUUGCUCUCUUCAGCCAUACCUCACUUUUUUGUCAUGCCCCACUGUCGGACAAAAUCACUUUGCACCCCCCACCUUCCUCUUCUAAUCAACAUUUUACUUCGGCGAAUUGCCUCAGGGCUUCAUGGUGUAAAGCACAUGCAUUUCAUAAGGCACAUUGCGCUAUUCAUAGAGUAUUUGAUGUGCAUACAUAGAUAUACUAUAUUAUAUACAUAUAUGUAUACAUAACACACAUAUAUAUUCAUAGAUAUAUGCGUACAGCAAGACUGAUAUAUAUAUAUUUCUCUAAAAUCUCCAUUUUGUCAAGCUUUUAGACUGUUCAUCACGAGAGGCCCGUUCAAACAAGCGUGACCAGUUCAAAGUGUCUCGUAAGAUGGUCAGUCGGCGUCACAUACCACACUUUUUUGAAUGCCGCGAUAAAAGGCAACGCAUAGGCUUUGUAUACUGCCAUUUUGUAAACAGGUGAUAGCGGAGUGUUCUUGCAAAAACCAUCCGUGUCGUCUAGGACAAAAUGUGGACUGGACUCACUCGGCGGCUUUGCAUGUCGAGCAUUUUCUUAGAUGACGUAGCUGUGAAAAGUUUCGCCACGUCUGUACUCGAUGUAUUUCUGAAGCUGGUGACAGCUUUGCAGCCCAACGCGAUUGAAAGCAAACUCCUUGUUAAUUUGUUUUUGUUGUAGAGUUUUUUGCAUUACUGGCUGUAGCAAAAUCUGGCAGCUCUGUCAGUGCAAGUUUUUUAACGGACAUUGUGACAGCAUGGGAAUGCUGAGAAGUGAAAAACUUGAUGUGUUUCAAGUGCGGCAACUUAGUCUAAAGCAUGGCCACGGCUCUGCAAGUGAAGUUUUUUUGGAAUUAAGUUUUUCAUAACAAGCCUCCACUCUCCCGUAAUGCAUCUUGCAUUUAUGCAUGCUCACUUACAACAGGUAAACAAAAAAAUUGGAGGCGUCAAUUUGAAAGCGGCGCACAGCGUGUGAUGACAUUAUCAUUCUUUCUCUAAGUUUAGCAGCCUGAAAAUGGUAUUUUUCACGAUUCGUAUAGCUGUACACCCUAGCACGUUAUAUGCAAAUUCUUAAUAAUAUGGCAAGAACACCAUCUUGAAGGCUGCUCUACACAGACUAAGUGGUUGUGACAGAUGAACCAUCAGUCGCCACAUGCUUCGAUUUGUCCAGGCUCUUUAAGAAAGAUGCCAAAGCAAAGCCUCUUUCCCUCCUUCUCAGCAUUCUCAUGUGGUAAUGGCACAGCAGUGCCACCUUUUCCCUGGUGGUAACCAUGAGAAACUAUUGUUUUCAUCAUAAGUAGAGCUGUAUCAUAUAAGGAUUUUGUUGUUUAGAAUAUAUUGAAUGAAUUGAAGAUUCUAGGGGGGGAAAAAAAAGACAAUGGCUCCGCCAGGAGAAGCUCUAUUUAUUAACUUCCUUUAAUUUGGUGUUCUGAAUGCAUUUGUUGAACUGAGAAAGGAGGUAACUCCUUUUUGUUAUUUUUUCUCUCUCUCUCUCUCUCCUGCCUUAAUUUUUUUCUUCUGUAGUUUUUUAUAGGAGGGGUGAUCCAAAAUAGCUUGUACCUUCGGGGGAACUGGUAAUCCAUAAUAACGAGAAUCUUUAGCGCAGAAAAAGAGACGGGGACGACGUCAAAACAAGUGCGCAUUUAUCUUCUUGCCAUCCCCAUCUCAUUUCUGCGCGGGACAUUUUUGCUAUUAUGCUGAUGAGCAGCAAGAAUAAGUGUUGACCAGCUAGUUUAGUCAUUGAGGGAGUGUAGAAAUUGCCAAGCCAGGUACCACAGCGGUAUGGCUGUCCUAACGACUUCAUGCUUUUUUGUUUUUGUUUUUUGUGAUAUUGAUUAUAUAUGGACCCUCGGGAUGCGCUCGCGUUGCCGUGCUGUCACAAUAUCAAUAACGAAGCCAAGUGAACGCACCGUCACGCUCUUCUCAAGUCGCUCUGUUGGAGCAAGGGCAGUGUUGUGACUUCUGCUGCUAGCAUCAGCAUUGUGUGCACCUGCAUUCGCAUUUCCGCUGAGCAGGUGUACGUAUAGCACACUUGUGUGUACACUGGCCCGAGUAGUAGGGAUAGUAAACAUCAAGCUAAAUCGAUAAUCUAAUGCUUUCGUUCAGCACUGACAAAUGCCGAUAGUUAUCUGUCGGCCUCGUCUCAUGCGCUGUCGAUGUGCAAUACCUGUAAGGCCGCUCUCACCGUUCCUCAUUGGGACAGUGUUUUGACAUGCUUGGUAUUUGCCUUGACGCUGCACAGCAGUUGUCUUGCGUGCUGCGUCGCACCGUGUCGCCUCCACAUAUUGGUAGAACACCGUGUGAGGAGCUUGAGGGCUACGCUAAAUGUUACGAUUGAUUUCAGUGCUUUGCCUUCAAAUGAAACUGCCUAUUUUUUAAAUUUUUUUUAUUGCGUUUAACGACAGUGUUUAAGAGUGGUGACAGUGUACAAGCCAUCACCCACAGCGAAGCAGCGUUUAAGGGUCAGCGUUGCUUUUUUUUUUUUUUCGAUAUUUAUAAAAGUUUUUACCUUUCCACUUGGACUUGCCUGUGUGUAUGUGUGAGACCUUCUGUUGUUUGUGUUAUGAGCCUUCAAGUUUUUAUGAAAAUUUUGAAUUCUUUGUUUUUUUUUUGUUGCUGGAAAAAGCACCAUGUGGCUUCUGGAAGCAGUUGUGUUGUUUCUCCUUGCCCGUCUGGUUCAAGAGUUCAGGUCAAAGAUCUGCAAAGGGCCCAUGUGUUGCAGUGUUUUUUCUACAUCUGUGUGUGCUUCCAAGUGUGGAAAUAAUCUGCUAUUUAAUGUCAUUGUCAGAUUAACCGCAUUUUUGUGGCUCCCUCUCUAUUUCUGCCAGAACCAAAUGCCGUAUCUUCACAUGUAUAACCCACUCCUGCAUAGAGCCAACACCUCAAACUGUAAACCUCGAAAAACAUGUGGGAAAAGCCUGCUUGUAUAAGCUGUGGAAAUAACUGCAUACAACAUACAUGUUUUUGUAGAAACAGUCAAGCACAGUUUUUGAAACAAAGCAAAGCUCCAAGAACAUUGUUUUGUACAUUCAGCCAUCACCGCUUUCGACCACCGCUCUCUAGUGAAGCACGCUGCAGCUUUCUGGCAGUGCAAGCGUUGCCUUCUUAUGAGGCUUCAUAGUAAUGUGUAAUGCAUUGCCGUGAAACUGCACUUUGAAGGCAAAGUUUGUGCAUACCUUGCACUCAGUGUUAUACCAACAUUUCUCUAUCUUUUGGUGUGGCUUGUACACGCGAAAAUAUGGUAGGUCGCAGGGCCUUUGGACAGCUCACGCUUCGUUAUCUGUACAUAUACUGGUAGUACAUGGAAGUGAUCUAGGCAUUGCAGGAGCUCACAGAGUGGUUGCAAAUACAUCUUGUCCAAUGCUGUCUUGAUGCUUUUAAUGCAUAGCUUGUACAUAGUUGCUGUACAUAGCGUGUUUUAAGAAUAAACACAAGUUUACAGUACCUUAGCGGGACUUUCAACCA